AGUAUACGAUUUUCGAGAAAUUCAUAAAUAUGGAUGAUAAAGCGGACCAUUGUACGAUCUGUUUGUGCCCCAAGCAUCGCGUUGUUAGCAUUGCCUGUAAUCACACAUUUUGCAAGAAAUGCCUGAGGAAUGUCUACAACGUCUGUUCCACCAAGGCUUGUCCAUUGUGUCGGGCCCCCUUCGUAUAUUAUGUUCGAAAUCGCUCAUCUGGCACUAAAAUCGUAUUUUUCACAUAAUCAUCUCAUCAAGUCGAAGUGAAAUAACUGUCGGACUACAAUGUUUCGUUAAUUAAAUUAUGUGUUUCGUUCUGAUUUUGAUUUUGUUUGUUUGCUUUCGUUUGUUAAAAUAAAGUUCAUGUUAUGGUUUAAUGUUCAUAAGCACCUCCAGAAAAUCAACAAGUUUUCAAUCUUUGCAUAAUACUCAAAAGAAUCCUUACG